AUGGAGAACACACUCUCAUCUCUGAAUAGCCUUGCUGAGACAUGGCUGACCCUUGGCUCGGCUUCCUGUUACAUAGACCUCAACUACACCUUUCUGAGUGGACUGGGGCUGCUGCUUCUGUACCUCUGCUACCUGUCCCUGAAACUGGUUUUACAGUCACCAUCACCGUGGGAGAAGAAACACACUCCACAGCCAAAAGGCAGAACUGAGAGCAAAAGAAGGAAAGCAGUUAACGGUGGGAGGACUGGCCAGACAGCCUCUGAGGAAGGGAGCAGGCUGCAGACGACACUGCAGAGCCUGGACAAAUUGCAUGAUCCCACAGGCCUUCACAAACUACUACAUCCAGAUCCCCUCUGCCACGUACCUAACAAAGCAAAUGCUCAGGCCAGUUGCCUGCUCUCUCAGGCUCCCCUGCAAGUCAAAGCUGUCUUGCUGUCCCAUUUGCCUUCUACAGACUUCACGACAGAGACCUCAUUGUACCUUUUCUCUCACCUCCCAGCAAAGCAACCAGCACUUCCAGUUCCAGAAGCCCUGCCCCAGCCUUCAUCAACUUCCCCGUCCCUCCUCUCACCUCACCAAAUCAUUCCUCUGGAUGGCUUCCCUUCUCCCCCACCACUCAGUGCCUCUCUGUCACCGCAGGCAUCUGCUCCCUUAAACCCUGCAGCAUUACUGAACCAUAUCACACUUACCGCUUUUCCUCCUCCACUUCCACAUGCCACCCAGGAAGCACACUCUAUUAACGAGCAGCCUCUAGACCCCUGUGCUUCUCCAGGCUCAAACCAGAGACCCACAAGGGUCCCCACUGUAGAGACAGGAGAUCCUUCCUCUCCCAACCCUGAUAUCUCGGCACUCUUCAAGAGGCAAGAGAAAAGGGAGACCAACUUCACUGCAUCUAAACAUGAAAAAGAGAAAGCGGAAUUUUUUUCAAUGCCACUAAAUACGUCAGAGCAAAUCUCAGUGUCAAUGGCUGGUCCAAAGAACUCAGAAGUCACAAGCCUUUCAAGUAACUGGAAAGACAAGCCAGGGGGUCCUCAGCUAUACCAGCAGCCCUCUCCUCCCAAGAAUUCUGAAGACCAAUCAGAGAUCAAAGACAUCCAGCUGUUUUGGGGCCCUCCUUCUCUCCACAGUGAGUCCCUGGAACAUGAGGAUGCUGCCCCAAGAAACAGUUACUCAGAAAGCACCCAUUUCAACGGAAUGGCGAAGGCCUCCACAGGCAACUCCACCCUUCUUCACCCCACACCUCUGCCCUUGCCUGAGAGUGACCAGCAGGUCUGGCCGCAAGUCUUACCUCAAUCUCAGACCAAACCUGACUCUUCUGCCAAGUCUGAGGCCCAGUCUAACCCCGUAAUCCAAGUCCUGCCACCUUCUCCUCAGUCCCAGCUUAGGAUCUGUGGGGUGCGUUUUCAUGGACCCCAAGAGUGGGCACAGCCUCUUGGCCCAUCUGAAAUUCACCAGCUGGAAUUCAACCUAUUACAAAAAGCACUGGAAAGUUUUGGGGGGUUACCUACUGUAGCCCAAAGAUUCCCAGGAGGCUUCUGUCAUCCACCUCUUAAGAUCUCAACCCGAAACUCAUCCAAGGUUUAUGGCCCCAGGUUAAUCCUUCCAGGAGACUUCCCCCUCACCACAGAAGUCCGGAGGAAACUAGAACACCAUCUUCGAAAGAGACUCAUCCAGCACCGGUGGGGCCUGCCAUACAGGAUCAGCGAGUCCCUGUCACACAUGUGUCCUCGGUCAGAGCUUGCUGAGGACGCCGAGCCAGGGAACAGUCAUGGACUCUCCUGGAUCUCUCUCUAUAAGCUCAGUGCCAGCAGGAACCCAUCAAGCUUUGCUCUAAGCCGAUCUGGAAGCCUCCAUAAAAGGCACUUAGAUAGUCACGCUCCAAAGGAGGAAGACCUCAAACUUCGUAGACAAUGUCUAAGGAUAGACCAAAAUUAUCAUCUCCAGAGAAACUCCAAUGAGGCUACAAAAGGCAGUGUAGACCCAGGCUCCGAGGCACAGGUACAACUUAAACCAGGAAGUAUGUCUAGAAAGAUUUCAAAGGCUUCAUGGGUCAAGCAGUGCCAGAAAGAAUGUGAAACUUUGCUGCAAGAGCAUCUGGGCAGCAAAACCAAAGAACCCAGGGAGGGUGAGAUCCCUAGCACUGUGGACAAAUCACGACGUUCUGUCAGCAAGGCACAGCCUCCACCUGACACAACCCCCAAACAAACGAAAGCUCUGGCGCCAUUGGCAGGGGACGAAGACCCACUGAAAACACCCCAGCACAGUUUGGCACUGAGUCCUACCAAAGAAAAGGUGUUGGAAGAACACAUUAAGACCUUUGGCAAGAGGAUGGCAUUUGGUCAGCCCCAAAGGGUUGAAUCCUUAGAGUCCUACCUGACAAAAGUACAGCCACCCAGUUCUUUCUCUCAGUUCCACUGUCCCUCACACACCAUUUCUGGACUGGAUUCUGACAAGUCCUCCAGACUCCUCCAAAGAAACACUAAUGGAGACAGAAGGGAGACAGUGAAUUUAGCCCCCAUCCAAGGAGGGCCUCUCCCUGCUAGCUUGCCUGUGGGCCAGAUACAUCCAGCCUCUGGGAUCAGGAAGGUGUUUGUUGAUAAAAAAGCUCCAAGUGGCAGAGAGGCCGUCCAGCCCUGGACACCCAGUAUGGUGGACAAAGGCAGCCUGCAACAGUUUGGAUCACACAACAGACACCACCCAGAGCCCAUGAGCCCAGAUGGGCCAACAGAUGAGAGACUGACUUCCAGCACCAACACACAGGGGCCUCGGGGAGAAAGGAAGAGCUGGGAAGAUGGCUCCAUGGCUGAGGGGUCCAUGGAGCUACUCAAGAAAGAGGAACUCCCUGGUCUUCACCCACAGGCCACUAAGAUCUUGGCAGCCCCCCAAGGCACAUGCUCCUCAGGAAGCCAUGUGGCCGCAUGUGAAUCCCUGCAGGAAAUGUCAGCUCCCCACAACUCUGAGACAUCUGGCAAGAAGGGUCAGGUGUCCAGAGGAGGCCUGUUGAACUCAGAGAGUGGACCACACAUCCAGGUGCCAGGCCUGCCUGCCCUGCCCUUUGCCUCAGAAGAAGUGGCUUCCAAAGGCCAGGGGCCCCCCAGUGGGGAUUUGGCAGCCCCUCAGGUGAUGCAUGCUCACCUGCCCACUGUGGGGGUCAGCAUGGAGCCAUGGCAGGGCCCCUGGGUCCCUGCACAUGUCCCAGGCAAGCUCCAGAACAAGGACUGCCCUCCAGCUGUCAGGAGAGUGUCUCCACUGGCAACUGAAGCAGAAAAGCUUGGCAGAGGGGAUGCAGGCUCGGGGACAUCCCCAACCAGAGAGGAGAGACACAGUGUUCAGGCCAGGGCAUCAGAGGGACCACAUAGACACUCCUCCUCCCCAGCCCUGGUCCCUAAGAGGCAGCCUCCAGAAAAUCACUUCACCAGCCAGGUGAGGAGCUUCCUGCAGAGGCUGUCCCCUGGGAGAAAACGCAAGGGGCAGCAAAGGCCCCUGGCUAAGGACAGCUCCCCAUCAAUGUCUGCAAAGGGCACAAGCCUCACCCAAGGCAGAUGGGAGUUUUGUGGCAACACUGAAGCUCAGAAAUGUGAGAGAGACCCUGGGGUGCUCCUCAGGAAACAGCGGGGCACAGGCCUGGGACAGCCACCCCCUGUCCCCAGGCACCUGUGCCCCCCCCUUAUGGGCUCUGCAGAAGCUCAGCAGGAGGUCCAAGGGCAGGCUGAGGCAGAGCCAGUGGAGAGGCCCCACUCCUGGGGCAAAGCUCCCUGCUGUCAAGUGCAAAGGGCUGAGUUCUGCAGCCCAGGACAAGGGCAGGCAGCCCCUGAGAGGUGCGGCACUGUGGGAGAAGCGAAGAUGGUGGAGACCUCUCCCAUGCGUGCUUCCCGGGAACCCGAGUCCCACCAGGGUCCUGUCUGUAGGUGUCGAGCUGGUCAGGUGCCUGCAGCUGCCCUUCUCUGUGUUGAAGACCCUGUUGGGAGGUUUCCAGUUCCCAAACAAAAUGCUUAUCCAGGUUUUCUCGGGAAUAGGUUUUCUGCCCAACAGUAA